UGCGCGCACGUUGUUUUCUUGUUCGUUCUCCGGCUCCGUUGCAAUAAGACGUGCUCAAGUGAGCUGAGCACUUAAAAAUCUUGAAUAAAUACCGGUUGACUGUUUCCUUAAGAAUUUUCAGCUUAGGUAAUUAAUUCAUCGUGUUAAAUAGUGCACGAAAUAAAUCAAAAAUAUCAGGACUAGAAAACAGUAAACACUGCCACAGCACUUACACGUUGAAAAACGUGUUCGUUGUGUAGUGUUUAGUAAACACAUUGGUGCAAGUGCUUCUUUCAAGUCAGUAGAAGUGUCCAUCUUUUCACGUUUCAAACAUGGCUGCGGCUAGUGAGGCUGUUCUGGAUGCUCUGGUUCUCGAUUACCUUACGAGAAAAGAUAAAACCUUCGGCGAAGUUUUUCACAAGAAAUUCAAAACGGCUGGCCUUGCCAAGGGUUCUCCCCGUCUGGAAGAUGCGAUAAAACAGUUUCAGGUUUCCGCUCCCAAAAAAAUUGUCAUUUCAAAGGCAGCAGAAUCUUCGGACUCGGACGAUUCUUCUGAGGACGAAGAAGCGGCAGCAAAAACCCCAGCCAAGAAACCAAUUGCAAAUGGGAAACCGGUAACUAAUGGUAAAGCUCCAGCAGCCGUAAACGGAAACGGAGUCAAGAAACAACAGGAUUCGUCAAGUUCGGAAGACAGCUCAGAGGAAGAGGAGGAAAAACCGGUGCCGGUCAAGACUCUAGCUAAAACACCAGCUAAAACGCCAGCUAAAGCUACACCCGCUGUUUCUGCCAAGAAAGCUAAGGAAUCUAGCAGUGAAGAUUCUUCGUCCGAAGAAGAAGGAGCAAAACCAGUUGCUAAGGCACCAGUCAAGCAGACACCAGCUAAAGCACCGGUCAAAGCGGCCUCUGCUGCUAAAAAACAAGAAUCAUCUAGUGAUGAUAGUUCAUCCGAAGAGGAAACACCUAAAACACCGGUUAAGCCAGCUUCUGCUAAAGCACCAGCGAAGGCUACACCUGCAGUUGCCAAAAAGGCGGAAACAAGCGAUAGCGAAUCGGAUUCGGAUGAAUCCGAAGAGGAAAAACCUGCUGCUAAGACGCCGGUUAAACCUUCGGUAAAAGCAACACCUGCUAAGGCUACACCGGCUGCUAAAGUUGCUGCUAAAAAAGAGGAGUCUUCGGACGACAGUUCAGAUGAUGAUGAGGAAGAAUCCAAACCAGCCGUCGUUAAAAAGGCUGUUCCGACAAAACCAGCUGGUAAAGCACAAGAGUCCUCGGAUGACUCCAGCUCCGAUGAGGAAGAAACUCCUGCAGUAAAACCUCUGGUGAAUAAGAAGCCAACCCCGACUGUAGCUAAGAAACAAGAAUCCAGUGAUGACUCUGAUUCUGACGAAGAAGAGGAAACUCCUAAACAGGCACCAGCUACUAAACCAGGUGCUAAGCGACCAGUCCCUGCUCAGGAGGAAGAAUCGAGCGAUGAUUCCAGCGAAGAAGAUCAACCACCCGCGAAAAAGCCUGCGGCCACUCCAGUUCCCAAGAAAGCAGCCCCUGCUAAGAAAGCUGAAUCCAGUGACGAUUCUUCGGACUCCGACGAGGACGAAGCGCCAGCUGCCCAGAAAAAGGCUGCCGUGACCCCAGCCAAGAAGGCAGUCCCUAAGAAGCAGGAAGAAGAAGAAGAAUCAUCUUCGGAAGAGGACUCCGAUGAAGAACCGGAGGAAAAGCCAGUGGCGAAAAAACCAGCUACUCCUGCGGCGAAACCAGGCAAAAAACGUAAAGCCGAACAGGAGGAGGAGGAGGUGGAAGAAGAGGCCGAGGAAGAGUCUCCCCCAGCAAAGAAGGCCAAUUAUAGCAACUUUGUUAAAGCGGGCGAGGGCAACAAAAAUAAUAAGCAACAGAAUGGCAAAGGUGAUCGCAAGUCAUUUGGAGGAUUCAACAACAAGGGUGGCGGAGAGCAAUGGGAGUGCGACAAAUGUGGUGUUGCUAAUGAAGCCCACUUCCGCAUGUGCAAGGAAUGCAAAAAUUUCAACAAAAAUGCUGAUAGCUCGAACGAUUGGGAAUGCUCGUGUGGAUUCAAAAAUUUCCCCAACCGUUGGUCAUGUUUCAAAUGUCAAACGCCCAACCCCAAUGGCGGUGGAAACCGGAAAAGCUUUGGUGGUGGUCAAAGGAACAACGACGGUGGCGAAAAGAAGACCUUCCCUGGAGAUUGGGACUGUCCGAGCUGCGGUGUUUCAAACUUUGCUAAGCGUGGAACGUGCUUCAAAUGUCAAACUGCCAACCCGAGUGGAGGCUUUGGAGAUAAUUGGGAUUGUGCUGAUUGUAAUUUCUCAAACUUCCCAAGCAGAGGAUCUUGCUUCAAGUGCCAGAAGCCAAAUCCUAAUGGAGGAGGCGGCGGAGGCGGAGGUUUCCAGCGUAAAAGCUUCGGCGGUGGAGGCCGAGGAGGACGGGGAGGUAGAGGAGGCGGUGGUCAGCGCGGUGGACGACCAAGCUUCGGAGGAAACCGAAAUUCCGGUGGAGACAGCACGCCGAACAACAAGAAGAUCACCUUUGACGAGUAGAAUUUAGUUGAUAGGCAUUAGGCGGCUAAAUGCGUCUAUAGAUUCGAUAGUUCUAUUUCACUCGUAAGGAUUGAAAGUAAAUACAUAUAUUUCCUGACAAAAUGCGAUGAUGAAAAUAACAUGUUGAAUUAACGAUUAUUUCAUUGCUUAAAGUUUUUACAAGGUUUUGUUAAGAAUCACCGGAACAAUACUUUCUGAUCCAAGUCGCUUGUUUUAAACUUUUAUGUAGUGAUUAUAAAGCAUAGUUACUAUGUAUAACUACCUAUAUACAAAUAUAUCUUCUUGUAAGUUAAAA